AUAAAUAAAUAAAACCCAAAAUUAAAAGGUUUUUCAGUUCUUUGCCCAUAUACUGCCGUCUCCAGUUUUCUUUUCCUCCGGUGUCGAUAAAACCUCAGAAUCAGAAAAAAAAAAUUAAAAUGAAUUUCCUUAAACCCAAAGAACCGCCUGCAACGGCGGCGCCAACACCAUUUCCGCCGCAGCUUUUCCUCCGACAAGCCGUCAAUUCCAUUCAAACCCACUGCUCCAACUUCUUCCAGAAUUUGCAAAGCAACCCUCCUUUCAAAACCACAUUCCCUGCCAGCAUUUCAACCGAAAACAACACGUUAUCUUCUAGCAGCAAAUCCAGCGCCACUCCUAAGAAUCACGCUAUUUCACCUGAAGCUAUUGACGAACGGCUUGCCGGAGUGCCGGUAUACGCACUCAGUAACGGUUCGCAGGAAUUCGUUUUACUUUCGGGCACAAAUACGGGCAAAAAUCUCGGGUUGUUCUGUUUUAGCGAAGCGGACGCCGAAACCCUACUCGAACAGAUGAAGUCUGUCGACCCGACUAUGAGUUCUGGUUCGAAAGUUGUUCCUGUUGCUCUAAGCAAGAUUUUUCAGCUAAAAGUUGAUGGGGUGGCUUUAAGAUUGAUGCCCGAGGCUUCUCAGAUACAAAACGCGUUGAAGGAGAGGGAAAGAGCUGGCAUUCGAGAAGAAAGCUUCCCUGGUGUUCCAGUUUUCCAGUCGAAAAGCUUGAUUUUGAGGAGCCAAACUAAGCAAUAUCGCCCUGUUUUUUUCCGAAAGGAGGAUCUUGAAAAGUCUCUAUCAAGAGCUUCACGUGAUCAGAAGCAAUUGAAUCCCAGUCUUAGGAAAGGAGAUGUGCAGGUUGCUGUUCUUGAGGAAAUAAUACAGGGGAUGAAGGAUAGUUCAGCUUCGUCAUGGGAUGAUGUCGUUUUUAUCCCUCCGGGUUUUGAUGUUUCAACCGACGGAUCUCGACAAUAUUAAGAGCACCACUUCUCUUUUAUUACUAUGUGUAGUCAGUCAGUGGUAAAAAAAAUUGUGGUUACUAACUAUUACAAACAACUUUUAUUGCAAGAUGUAGUGAAGGGGCUGUGAAUUUGUGUUCUGUUUGUGAAUUGUUGACUCUUCUUUAUUUAGCUUUAAUUUGCAUCAAUCAUAUCAGAGACUGGAAAAUUAAUUAAAAUAUGUUUCAAUCAUUUGCAAUA